AUGGCAAACUCGAUUGAGCUCAAGGCACCUAACGGCGCUACCUGGACUCAACCCACUGGUCUUUUCAUCGACAACGAAUUUGUAGCAGCGAAGUCUGGUGAGACGCUCGAGACCAUCAACCCUUACGAUGAGUCCGUGAUUGCAAAAGUAGCUUCGGGUGGUUCAGAAGACAUCGACAUCGCUGUAGCAGCGGCGCGCAAAGCAUUCAAGUCGCCCGAAUGGACUGACCUGUCCUCGGCUGAGCGUGGUGCGCUGUUGUGGAAGCUCGGAGACCUUUGCGAGAAGAAUGCACACGUCAUUGCUACCAUUGAUGCGUGGGAUAACGGCAAGCCAUACCAACAGGCGCUCGACGAGGAUGUGGCCGAGACCAUUGCCGUUCUCAGAUAUUAUGCGGGGUGGGCAGACAAGAUCUACGGUCAGACUAUUGAGACAUCUAAGGCGAAGCUGGCAUAUACCAAGCAUGAGCCUCUCGGCGUUUGCGGACAGAUCAUUCCGUGGAAUUUUCCAGUCAUGAUGGCUGCUUGGAAGCUCGGUCCUGCGCUCGCGUGCGGUAACACUGUGGUGUUGAAGCCCGCCGAGCAGACACCGCUCAGCGCCCUCUACUUAGCCUCACUAAUCAAGGAAGCUGGAUUUCCUGCUGGCGUGGUCAAUAUUGUGAAUGGUCUUGGCAGAAGUGCUGGUUCGCGUCUGGCUGAGCAUCCCAAAGUUGACAAGAUUGCGUUUACUGGAAGCACCCUGACAGGCAAAGCCAUCAUGAAGGCUGCUGCGGGCAACCUCAAGGCUAUCACGCUAGAGACAGGUGGCAAGAGUCCGCUUCUUGUUUUCGAGGAUGCCGAUCUAGAACAAGCUGUGAAGUGGUCUCAUAUGGGCAUUAUGGGUGGCGCAGGUCAAGUGUGCACAGCAACAUCCCGUCUCUAUGUUCAGGACACUAUCUGGGACAAAUUCCUCGAGGCUUUCAAGAAGCACACCAAAGAGAAUACUAACGUUGGCAGCCAAUUCGAUGCUAACACCAACCACCCACCUCAGAUCAAUAAGGCUGCGCAGGAAAAGAUUCUCGGAUACCUUGACUCAGCAAAGUCCGAUGGUGCCGAGCUCAUUCACGGAGGCAAGCAAUCUGGCAUCCCUGAGAAGGGGUAUUUCGUCGAACCUGCGGUCUUUACAACCUCCAAGAACGAUAUCAAAAUUGUACAGGAGGAGAUCUUCGGACCCUUUGUUGUCAUCCAGCCUUUCAAGACCGAAGAAGAAGCCGUUGAGAAGGCGAACGAUACUGAAUACGGGCUUGGCGCUGCUGUCUUCACCAAGGACAUCGUGCGUGGGCACAGGGUCGCAGGGAACAUUGAGGCGGGCAUGGUCUGGAUCAACAGCUCACAGGACUCACAUUUCGGUAUUCCGUUUGGUGGAUACAAGCAAUCUGGAGUCGGUAGGGAACUGGGACAGUACGCUCUCCAGUCGUACACGCAGGUCAAGGCAGUGCAUGUCAACUUGGGCACCUGGCUAUGA